AUUGAUCAUUAAUGAACAUGAUGAAGUUAUAUCAAUUUCAAUUGUUCUUAUCCCUCCUCCUCAUCAUUGUCAAUACAACCGUUUUAGGUUAUUAUAUAGCUCAAUUGUCUCAUUCUCAAAUCAAAAAACAUUUGAACACUUUCGGCUACUUCCGACGAUCUCCGCUGGACUUUGAUGACGUUCUAGACAAGGAAACAAUAUCCGCUAUUAAGACCUACCAACAAUUUUUCAAUCUCCAAGUUACUGGUCACCUAAACACCGAGACUUUACAACAAUUCUCGUUUCCAAGAUGUGGUAUUCCUGAUAUGAAAUACGAGUACGGCUUUCAUGAUGGAAGUAAUGUAUCAUUUCCGAAAGGAAACAAGUGGUUUCCCAAGGGCACGAAAAAGCUUACGUAUGGUUUUCUUCCGGACAACCGAAUCCCAAUCGACAUUAUCAAGGUGUUUAGAAAUGCCUUCACACGAUGGUCGCAGACUACUAGGGUCCUAAAUUUUAGCGAGACGACAUCAUAUGAGGAUGCUGAGAUUAAGAUUGGAUUCUACAAUAUUAAUUACAAUGAUGCGGUUGAUGAUGUUGUGGUGAGUGACUCUUUCAUCAGCUUGAAACUAGAUUCAAAUGUGAAAUCAGGUAUGUUACGUCUAAACGGUUCAAAGUCUUGGGUGUUGCCAACUUACACCAAAUUUUGGGACUGGCAAUUUCAGCAAUUCGAUUUGUUGACUGCGGUGAUGCAUCAAAUAGGUCAUCUACUAGGACUUGAUCACUCUUCUGAUAAGGAGUCUAUUAUGUACCCAACAAUAUUGCCAUGGCAACAAAGGAAGGUGCAGAUAACAGAAUCAGAUAACUUAGCCAUACAACAACUCUAUUCCAGCUCUACAAAAGCCAAUGCAAACUCUCAUUAUAGUGGCCUCUUUGCCUCUUUGUCCAUUGGAUUUGCUUUUGUGGCUCUGUUGAACUAGCAUUUAAAUUAUAUCCCUUCAUUAGAGACUCUUUUUUACAUAAGUUAAAUGAUUAAUUUGUGUAAUACUUUACUUCGUGUGCCAUUUUCCGGUAAUGCUUAAUAAUAUAUGUUUAGGAUUUAGCAACAUUUGAAA